AUGUCUACCGCGUGGCGCUUUCUGAUGGAAGAAGUGGCUGGACCAAAGAUCACCCGCGCAAAGAAAGUGACCAAAAGGAAAAGAAGCUACGAAUGCGAAAAAUGCAACAAAAAAGUGUUUUCAAAGUCUCAUCAACGGUUCCACGAUGAGGUGCACCGGUCCGUUCGGCAUGCCUGUGACCGCUGCAGCAAAACUUACCUGCACAAGCGCGAUCUGGAGCUACACCGCAAGGUGCACGAUACGCUGCACCACUGCACCAGGUGUGCGGCCAGUUUCGCCAGCAGUCUUCAGCUCCACGCCCACAAGAAGGAGAAGCACCUACUACCGAGGGAGAAGUUCAAGUGCAAUCUGUGUCCUCUCCAGUUCACGCUAAAGGGAAACCUCACGAAGCACCUGAUAGUGCACAAAGGUGAUCGAUCGUUCAUCUGCAACGACUGUGGCAAAGCUUUCGUGCGCCCGAACGCAUUAAGGCAUCAUCUUUUAAGCCACCGAUUGAAGCGCUACCAAUGCCAAACCUGUUGCAAGGAAUUCAUCGAUGCCCGCAACCUGGAGCGCCAUCUGAAAACACACUCCCAGCUGAAGGGCUUCAAAUGCUCGGUCUGUGGUGUGACAAGUACCCGGCGCGAUAACAUUGUGCGCCACGCAAAGAGCUUCCACCCGGAAAGUGAUUUGAAAUUGAUCGUGUUGGCAAACGGAAGCGUCACCGGAGGUCAGUUUGAGGCCAUCAAGCGUGAGGCCCAAAACAGUGCCAAACCAAUCGCUGCGCCAGUUUCGAAGAAUCGUAUCAGUGUGAUACAGGUGGUUGGGACACCGAAGUCACCGAUUACUGCACAGGCCAAGCCGUUGACGCGAACCAUCAAUGAACCGCCGACUGUGGCUGAAGGUGACGGGCGGAGACAGGAAAUGGUCAAGCCUGUGCACAACACACGCAUCGAUAAUUUAGAAAUAUACCGGAAAAUCCUUCAACCCGCCACAAGCAGUACUGCCAAUGCUGCCGCUGCCACUGCGGUGGUCAAUAGCAGUGCCGCCGAGCAGCACCACGAUGGACGCGAGUUGACGGCCGCCAGCAGUGGGUUGGGAUCUAUUAAUAAUUUUUGUGAAGUUCACUGGCGUAAACGCACCUCGCAGCAUUUUAUUACGAACAGUCGGGCGCAGACUGACAGUGCUAUCGUAUAG